CCGGCCUGAACUUUCCGGACCUGCUCAGAGCAGCAUCGGCGCGCCUGUGUGCGGCAGCUUUACUGUAGAGCGUUAUAAAGCUUUAAUGAAGCCCGGAGGAGGUUUAUAACGAGUUUAUUUAACUAAAAGAGGAGAGAAAGACCGCGGGGAGAGUUUAAUCCACACCGGACAGGGAGGAGCAACUCCACCGCGCGAGAGAGAGAGAGAGAGACACAGAGAGAGAGAGAGAAGGAGAGAGAGACACAGAGAGAGAGACACAGAGAGGGAGAGAGAGAGACACAGAGAGAGAGAGAAGGAGAGAGAGAGAUACAGAGAGAGAGAGACACAGGAAGAAAGAGAGAGAGAAACGGAGGGAGAGAAAGAGAGACACAGAGAGAUACAGGGAGAGAGAUAGAGGGAGAGAAACAGAGAGAGAAACAGAUAGAGAGAGAGAGAUGGGGGCUGAGCUGUACUCGUCCCUGUGCGUGUUCCUCCUGUGUGCGCCUCCUGCGCUGCUCUUUAACCUGGAUGUGGAGAAGCCGGCAGUGUUCUCAGGACCGGAGGGAAGUUACUUCGGCUUCUCUGUGGACUUCUUCAGCGCUGCUGACACUCUGCAGAACAUCCUAGUGGGUGCUCCUAAAGCCAACACGUCUUCUCUUUCCUCGGUGCUGGAGCGAGGUGCCGUGUACAGUUGUCCAUGGAAUUCAGUUGAUAAGUGUACGCAGAUAGAGUUCGACAACACAGAUAACCGGAUAGAGAAUGGGCAGCAGAUGGAGUUUAAGUCGAGUCAGUGGUUCGGAGCGACAGUGCGCUCAGACGGAGAACACAUCCUGGCGUGUGCACCUCUGUACCAGUGGAGUACCUACGGCUUUAAGGAACGUGAACCUGUUGGGACAUGUUAUCUGAAGAAAGGCUCCACAGUGGUGGAAUAUUCUCCCUGUCGCUCCGAUUCAGCCACACCUGAAGGACAGGGCUUUUGCCAGGCAGGUUUCAGCGCUGACAUCGUGAAGAAUAAACGUGUGGUGGUUGGAGGACCGGGGAGUUUUUACUGGCAGGGGCAGCUGAUCUCAGAUGAUAUCUCUGAGGUUCUCAACAGGCUCACGAAAGAGUUCACCACUAAAUACAGUAACCAGAUGGCCACGCAGCCCGCCAGCGCCCAGUACGACGACAGCUACCUCGGUUACUCUGUGGCAGUCGGAGAUUUUAAUGACGAUGGUGUGGAUGAUUACGUCACUGGCGUUCCGAGGGGAGAGAAAGCUCUGGGAUACGUGAACGUCUUUAAUGGGAAGAACAUGGCCUCCACAGUGAACUUCACCGGUCUGCAGAUGGCAGCAUAUUUCGGAAACGCAGUCGCUGCAACAGACAUCAAUAACGACAGGAGGAUGGACCUGUUUGUUGGAGCUCCUCUGUUUAUGGAGCGUGGCUCUGAUGGGAAGCUGCGUGAAGUGGGACAGGUGUACGUUUACCUGUCGAACGGCGGCUUCUCCUUCCAGCCUCCUCUUAAACUGACCGGCUCUGAGAUCUACUCUCGCUUCGGCAGCUCCAUCACCAGCCUGGGGGACCUGGACGGGGACGGCUUCAACGACGUGGCGGUGUCGGCUCCGUACGGUGGUCCCUCUCAACAGGGUUUGGUGUAUAUCUAUAACGGGCGAGCGAGUGGGCUGGACUCUCAGCCCUCUCAGGUCCUGGAGGGAAAGUGGGCAUCGGCCUCACUGCCUCCCAGCUUCGGGUACGCCAUGCACGGAGCCACAGACAUCGACCGGAACGGCUACCCGGAUCUGGUCGUGGGUGUGUUUGGAGCUGACAAAGCUGUUCUUUACAGGGCUCGCCCAGUGAUCAGUGUGAACUCCACCCUGGAUAUAACGCCCCAGGUCCUGAGUCUGGAGGAUAAAACCUGCACACUCCCUGGAACAAGCACCAUGGUGUCGUGUUUCAUGGUGAAAUACUGUCUGAAGGCCAGUGGGAAAGGAGCACCGUCCAAUCUGAAGUUCCAGGUGGACCUCACUCUGGACCGUCUGAAGCAGAAGGGAGCGAUAAAGCGCGUGUUGUUUCUUCACAACCGUCUGUCUCAGUACACCAAGUUCAUGAGUGUCACUAACGGAGGAGUUCCAUCCUGUGAGGAGCUGCGGGCUUAUCUCAUAGAUGAGUCAGAGUUCAGGGACAAGAUCACGCCCAUCUCCAUCUUCAUGGAGUUCAGUCUGGAUUACAUGAGCGCAGCAGAUAAAACGGGUCUGCAGCCCAUCCUGGACCAGUCUAACCCCGCCAACGUCACCAAACAGGCCCACAUACUGUUGGACUGUGGUGAUGAUAAUAUAUGUAAACCAGAUCUGAAGCUGGCUGUUGCCAGCGAUCAGAAGCAGAUCUAUAUCGGAGACGAUAGCCCUUUGACUCUGGAGGUGACCGCAGAGAACUGCGGUGAGGGAGCGUACGAGGCGGAGCUCAGCAUCAUCAUCCCACCUCAGGCUGACUUCAUCGGUGUGGUGAGAAACAAUAAGACGUUGUCACGGCUCUCCUGUGCGUAUAAGAGGGAGAAUCAGACCAGAGUGGUGUGUGACCUGGGAAACCCCAUGAAAAAAGAAACUAAGAUCAUGGCUGGUUUGCACAUCAGUGUUCAUCAGUUGUCAGAGCAGGACACAUCAGUGAAGUUUGACCUACAGAUACUAAGCUCUAAUCAGUAUAACAGCAGCAGUAACCUGGUUACUGUGAUCACCAAGCUGGCUGUACUCGCUAAGGUGGAGAUCCGAGGUGCUUCUGCCCCAGAGCAGGUGUUCCUGCCCAUCGCUAACUGGCAGCCCAAAGAGAAUCCUGUGGUGGUGGACGACAUCGGCCCAUUAGUGCAACACGUCUAUGAGUUGAGAAAUAAAGGUCCGAGUGUAUUCUCAAAAGCCAUGCUGGAUGUGGAGUGGCCAUAUCGCUACAACAACGGCUCUCUGCUCUACAUCACCAAGUAUGAGGUGGACGGAGCCAUGAACUGCAGCACCGACAUCGAGAUCAAUCCCCUCAACGUCACGAACCCCAUGUACUGGAAUAAGAACGCAACUGUUUCCGGGGGCGACCGGACCGAGGGGCGUUCACGGAACCGUGUUCACCGGCGAGACCUGUCGGAGCAGAAGGCUGAGGAAGACAUGCUCACGCUGGACUGUGAGAAGGCUCAGUGCUUGAAGAUUAAGUGUCAGGUUGGCCGCUUGGAGAAAGAUCAGAGUGUGAUCCUCUUCAUCUCCUCCAGACUGGCCGUUUCCACCUUCCUGCAGGCCGAUGUUCAGAACCACUCAUACGUGGUGAAGUCAUCAGCUGCAUUCAGUGUGAUUGAGAUGCCGUACAAAAACCUGGAAUUUGAGCUGCCAGUUAACAGCACAUCUGCGAGUCUCAACGUGGUGUGGGUGAACUCUGAGCUGACCCAGUCUGCCCCCAUCUGGGUGGUGGUGGUAGCCGUGUUAGCCGGUCUGUUGCUGCUCGCGCUGCUAAUUUUCAUCAUGUACAAGCUGGGCUUCUUUAAGCGAGUGCGCCCCCCACAGGAGGAUGGGACGGAGAAGGAGCAGCUUCAGCCUCAGGAGAACGGAGACAAGAACACUGAGGCCUGAUACACACACUAAACUUACACACAGAGAGAGAGAGAGUGUGUGUGUGUGUGUGUGUGUGUGUGUGUGUGUGUGUGUGUGUGUGUUCCUGGCUCAUUUCCUUCCUCUACUGCACUGACCUGUUGAACAUUAACACAUGCUGAUUUUUGACUGAUGAAAGAGUGAUAGAGUUCAACACAAGUCACAUAAAUAAUGCAUUAAAACAGACGAGAGAUUUAAAAUAAAUAAAUAAAUACAGAAUAGUAACAGCUGGAAACUAAACUUCUGAUGAUAUCAUGAUGUUUCUUUUGUUUAUAUGUUUUUAAUGUACCAAGUUUGCUUUAUUUUCUUUCUGUACUUUGUGAAAGCACGUGCUGAUAUUACCGAUAAUCAUUAGCAUUAGCGCAGUACUGUAUUAAACCACACCCAGGUAGGAAGUGUUUUUGGGGCAGAAUGUAGCUCGAUUAAUGGGAUAAAUUUGCCAGCCAUUAAAGCGUGUUAGCGUUUUAACUGCUUGUUCAGGAUCCAGCUAGCGAUGGUGAGUAAACAAACAUUGCAUCAGUGAUACGGUGUAUGAGGAUGCUGUGUUUACGUAAAUGUCCAGUUCAGGAUGAAUCACAGUGUAACAUUUUAUCAUGGUUAAAAUAUUUUUACUAUUAUAGUGGAAAUUUUCUCGAGUAACUGUGUCCAUCAUGUUAGUUUUAAUAUUUUACAGUGUUUUUUUUGCGGUCCGGUUUCCAUCAAAUCCUGCGCUCUGAUUGGCUGGCGAGCGGGUCUGUAUCCUACGGUACGGACCCCAGUUACGGACCUCUGGCGACUCGCUCGAUCACAACAACAACAAACAUAGUCACAAUUUUUGUCAAAUAAAUCUUGCAAAAAUCUUUUUUGCAAGAUUUAUUUAUAAGAUUUUUGUCAAAAAUCAUAAAUGUUUGCCAGCAUUUCUCAGCAUAGUAGCAUUAACUUUACAGCAUGAAUAGUGAUAACGACAGUGUUCACAGCGAAAGCGAGUUUUACUACCCUGAGGAAAAAGAAAUAAAAGAAAACAUUUCAGGAGAAAGCUAAAAACCUCUAACUGCUGCUAACGCCGAGCAAAAACAUGGCUGAAUCCUGAAUGACUCAAUUUUGUAUAAAUAGGGGACGACAUAGGCGGCAAAAUGUAGUUUUUUUCCUGCCAUGGAAGUGCACUUGUAUACCGAGGAGGAAGCCAUUUGCAUUACAGCCGUGAAUGAGGAUUCAAAAUGGCGGCUCGGCUCGGUUUUCCCUUUCGGGCGCUCUCGUUUUCUGUUAGAAUUUGGUAAAGAAAAAAAUAAAUAUAUUAUUGACCAGCUUAAGGUCGGUCCGUAUGGUGAAAUACCGUGACCUCGGCCUUGAAUACUGACCUCGACCCAGAGGGCCUCGCUCAGUACUUUCAAGACCUCGGUCACGGUAUUUCACCAUACGGACCUCCCAGCUGGGAAAUAAUAUAUAUGUAUUUUCCUAAAAGGUCACAGCUACUCUAAGUAACCUUCAUCAGAUUCCUGUACGUUAUCUGGAGUUGUUAACUGUUACCAUAGCAACAAAGUAUUUAAAAAAAAUGACAAAUUGUUACAGUGACACAACGUGAUGAAAAACAUUGAAACGAUAGCACGGGCAACCAGUGUUUCUCAAACGGUUGUCAUGGUAACGUAAACAAACUGGUUACCAGCUCAUGAGCAACAUUGUUCAUUUUAACAGUUUGCGAAACUCAAAAUUCAUAGAAGUCGAACAGAACGUUAAAAUUUGACACAAAGGAGAUAAUCAUUGUUGUAAGUUGAAAUGGAUAAGGUACGAAUAAAAUGUGGUAAAGUGCGAUGUGAAAUUGUGACAUAACUUCAGUCUCGUCCCGUGUUCUGAAUGAUCACCUUUUCUGAGACACACCCUCCGUCGUCUUCCCUAAACAUGCUGCCUACAGAGGCACCCUGCUUCACAAUGAGGUUUCAAACAGUGAAUAUUAUAUAUAUAUAAUUUUUUUUAACUGUUAUGGACCAUUAUUUCCUUCAGUAUUUCCUUUUUUUUUAAACCAUUUUCUACAAAUCAAAUGGAUUUGUACAAAAAGUAAUGAAUCAAACAGAUCAGGUUUAUAAGUUGCUAAAAUGCACAUUUGUUAUUUUUGUUAACGAUCUGUGUGUUUAUACUGUAAUUAAUUUACAGUCCCGUAUAAGAUACUCACAUGAUAUAGCUGAGACAUGAUUAAUGUUGGUUUGUUCUCUUUGCUUGAUGAAUUUACCCAUAUUGGGUCACAUUUACAAUCCAAAUCAUCAUCCGAUCAACUCCUCCUCAUCCAAACUGGCAGCAUUUGCAGUUUUUCUCUGUGUCUCAAACAUCAUGUCAGGAAGAAGAACUCGACUCGUUAACAUCCUUCACACUCCACUGAGGAUUUUAUUCCCCCCAGCGAGGUUUUGGUGAUUUUUGUAACGCUUCCUUGAUUUUAAAAUAAAUAAAUAAUGGAUUAAA